UUCAAUUGGUAUAAUUUUACAUUGGUUUUGUGAGUUUAGGACCCGUUUGGUUGGUGGAUUUCAUGAGAGGAAAAGAGAAUCAUUGAUUUUUUUUAGAUAGAAUCAUUUAUCUAAUUCUGUUUAAGUGAGUGUUUGCUUUGUGAAUGUAGGUGUCCACACUCCAUUGUCUCCUUGCCGUCAGAGAGUGUCGUGUCUCUAUUGUGUCCUUGCCGUUGGAUUGCCCUGCCGCCUCUAGAAUUGUAGAAUUGGGCACCAUGAAACGGAAGGAGCGUUGGUGGAUGUAUGAUAGGUAUGACAAUGGGCGUAACUUGAGGCCCGAGUUCUUGAGGGGGGUUGAUGAAUUCAUUGAAUUUUGCAAAGCAAAUCCUGAAAGCCCAGGUUUGGAUGAAGUUAGAUGCCCGUGUCCGAAAUGCAAGAACAGACGUAUGCAUGAUGCAGACACGGUUAAAGUUCAUGUGUAUAAAAAGGGAUUUAUACCUGAUUACUACGAUUGGUAUUCUCACGGUGAAGAGUUACCUCGAUCCACACAUGAGCCAUCUAAUCCAUACCGUGAAAUGAUUUUCGAUGCUCUUGGGAAUAACCCAGAACCGUCCAAUGUUGAAGAGCCUAGUGGAAUGGACGAGGAGCCUAAUCCUCAAGCAAAGGUGUUUCUCGACCUAUUAAAGGCUUCUGAGGAACCAUUGUACGAAGGGAGCUCCAUGUCCGUGUUGGAAAUGGCAUCUAGAAUAGUAUCUCUAAAGUGUGAGUACAAUUUGCCACAUAGGUGUGUUGAUGCGUUUGCUUCAUUAGUGAAAGAAGCAAUACCUAACAACAACAACAUGAGUAACACAUUUUACGAUACGAAGAAGAUUUUGGAGGGAUUAGAGCUUCCCCACGAGAGAAUUCAUGCGUGCCCCAAAGGUUGUAUGUUAUUUAGGAGAACUGAUGCACACUUGGACAGAUGUAGAGUGUGCGAUAGCGACAGAUACAAAAGGACUUCUAAGGGGUCUUUAGUUCCAAUGAAAGUUCUCAUUUAUUUUCCAAUCACACCGAGAUUGCAAAGGUUGUAUGCAACAAAAAAUGUUGCUGAAGAAAUGACAUGGCAUGCCAAAAAUCAAGAGCCGAAGACAAAAUGGCUCACCCUAGCGACAGUGAAGCUUGGAAGCAUUUGGAUAAAUCCUUUGACGAAUUUGCAUCUGAGCCUAGGAAUGUUCGUCUCGGUUUGUGUACCGAUGGGUUUGGUCCACAUGGAAAGUUUGGGGGUCAGUAUUCAUGUUGGCCGGUCAUCUUAACCCCAUACAACUUGCCGCCAUCGAUGUGCAUGAAGAAACCCUUCAUGUUUCUUUCGUUGCUCGUUCCUGGUCCUAAAAAUCCGAAGGGAAAUUUGGAUGUAUACAUGCAACCCUUAAUCGAGGAAUUGAAGCAAUUAUGGGAUGUUGGAGCAACAACUUAUGAUAUUUCUAGGAAACAAAAUUUAAUAUGCGUGCUGCCAUUCUUUGGACAAUAAGUGAUUUUCCUGCGUACGGUAUGCUAUCUGGCUGGGCUACAGCUGGGAAAAAGGCAUGUCCUUACUGUUUGGACAAAUCUAAAGCUUUUUGGCUCGACCAUGGGGGUAAAGUUUCUUGGUUUGAUUGUCACCGUCAAUUCCUACCCCUAGAUCAUCCUUUUCGUAACAACAAAGUAGCUUUUUGCAGAAAUAAGGUUGAAAAAGGGUCUCCGCCACACAUCAUGUCUGGGGAAGAGUUGUGGUCAUGUGUUAAAGACUUGCCAAAGGCUACAGAUGGGCCAGAAGCACUUAAUACUUUGAAAAAGUUGAAAAAAGGGUGGUUCAAACAAAGCUUUCUUUGGGAGCUCCCAUACUGGAAAACUCUCCAUCUUCGUAACAACCUUGACGUCAUGCACAUUGAGAAAAACUUUUUCGACCAACUAAUUCACACAAUUAUGGAUGUGAAAAAACAGACAUCAGACACUAUUGCAUCCAGAAAAGACAUUGCUAAAUUGUGUAAAAGGCCUCAACUUCAUGUUACCAAGGAUGCGAACGGAAAAGAAACUCCACCAAAAGCGCCUUUCGCACUGGACAUAGCCCAAAGGAAAGUAUUAUGCAACUGGGUGAGAGAUUUAAAAUUUCCAGAUGGUUAUGCUUCCGACUUAACAAGA